AUGUCCGUCGCCGCUUCCAGAUCUGCCGUCAGAUUAAUACAGCGCUCGCUGCGCUCAACCGUUUCGACCUCGUCGCCGCUUAGAUCCGCCAUCCCGCAAUCAUCAUGUCAAUCUAGUCGUCUCUCGGUCGCUUCCUCCACAAUUUUGCCCUCAAGGCGGCCCUUCUCUUCCUCUUCAUCUCUCUUGCACGCCCAUUUGGACCCUCCCAAGCCUGGCGAGGAGCGCAAGGUCACUUUUAUCGACAAGGAUGGCGACGAGUUCACCUAUGAAGUAGCCGACGGCGACAACCUUCUCGAUAUCGCACAAGCCAAUGAUCUCGAAAUGGAGGGCGCAUGCGGCGGCUCAUGCGCCUGUUCGACCUGCCACGUUAUCGUCUCGGACCCGGACAUGUUUGACAAGAUGGAGGAGCCCGAUGAUGAUGAGAACGACAUGCUCGACUUGGCCUUCGGUUUGACCGAAACAAGUCGUCUGGGUUGCCAGGUCAAGAUGUCCAAGGAACUGGAUGGCUUGGUCGUCAAGCUCCCUACCAUGACCAGGAACCUUCAAGCCAGCGAUUUCGCUAAGAAAUAG